UACAAUAGAGAAAACUGCAUUUCUUUUCAUCUCAUCGGGUGCAGGGGAAGGCUCUUUGCACAGGCUUCAGUCCCUGUGUUUCAUAAGCUCUCCAGAGCCACACUGGAACAGAAAUCAACGCCCAAAAAACAUUUUAAGAGUAAAUAGUCCCAAGUACAUUCCCAGCAGGUGGCCAGAUUUACCAAUAGCAGAAGAGCUUUUAAGUUACUAGUGCUGGGUUUUAGCUGUCAUUUGGGGCUGAAGCAAUGGCUAGACAUGAGCAGUGUUGUAAAUUUGGCAGUGGCUCUGGCACAUGUGAGCUGCUGGCGGGAGGCACUGCGGGCAGCAUUUUCCUCUGCUCCUGUGGUUUUUCUGGCUGGUGUGAUGCCGUAGCAUCAGUGCGAAGCUCCCUCCAGCUCAGUUGCAGUCCAUAAAUACCAACCCAGUGCGCCGGUUUGGGAUACCACAGUGACAACUGGGCACGGGGACACCUGGUGUGAUGGCAACCUGAAGGCAGGUGCAUCCAGAGAGGACACAAAAUUCAGCAGUGAAGUGACCAGCCUGCAGGCAAUGUCCCAAGUGGUCGUAAAAACACAGAGAAAGGCUAAAUAUUUGAGGCUCCUUUUCUGAGGAACUGGACAAUUAUGAUAGUGAAGGAAAGAAUGAGUGAGAAAAAACAAUGUGCCUUUUGAGCAAGACGUCAUUACCUGCAAGACCCAGCAUUGUAUCAUGGAUGGGCACAAGCACGGAAGUUCAGUUGAUUUGUUUGGAGAGAAAGACACCCCCCGUUUACAUAGCAGACCUUACUCUACCUCGAAUUGUUGUGCAGGUGAUGCAGCUCUGGUUGGGGUACGUCUCUGGUGGGCUCCGAGCCCAUGUCCCUGCAGGUGGGGACAGUGCCACAGCAUGUCCCCAAGGCUGGGGCUCCCAGCUGCACCCCAGAGACAACUUGCUUCAAAACCCAAAAUCCCAUGGACAUGUGUUGUCCUGAGCAGCACAGCCCACCACCGUGCUCUUCUUGCAGGCGUGCUUUUAAUAGGCAGAUAUUCAGCCUACAAACCCCAGGCAUCCUUUUGGGUUUGUUGCCACAGCUGAAAAAUCUGAUGGCAACAGGAGGACUCCCAGGUGUUACAGGAGGAGUGGGUUUGCCACAUUUUAAAGUCAGAUUAGUCAAUACAGGUGGAAGCCCUGAUCCUGCUCUUAGCAUCAAAGGUGCACAUCUAUUCCAGCUCCUGAGUGUCUUGUUCAGCAAAGCACAUAAGCACCUGCUUAGCUGUAUGAACAUGGAUCCCAUCUCCUCAUCUCCGGGAUUUAUGGCCAAGCUUAUAGUUAAAUACGUCUCCAAAGUGGCUUAAGUGCUGCAGUGAGCAGGGCUGAAGUAUCUCACAAGCUUACAGCCUUUGCCAAACCGUGUCUUUAAGAUUCUCUGGCUCACAAGAUGCUUGUGUUUGUGUUCCCCCAGAACAGAAGAAGCCUGGCAAGGUUUGGGGGGGUCUGAAAACAUACAUAACAACCAUCAUCUCUCUGUCACCAAGUGUCACGUUUGUCCCCAUCUGGCCAAGCUGGUCAAUGCCUCCUUAGCAUGAUUACCGAAACACAAUUGUCCUUCCUCAGCCUCGUUUGUGUCUCUGUCUGGGAACAAGAUUUGUGUGUACACCAACAACUAGAAAGCUACAUUUUUCUGCACUGAUGUAUUUCAUGGAGCUAAAAUAAUACACACCAUAAGAAUAAUUUCUGUUUAAAGCUCCUGCGUGCGUAAUAUUUCGCAUAUAUUUUCUUUUUUCAUCUUUAAAAUUACUCUGUCACUGCUGAGCUGCAGCAUCUCUAAUCUGUACAGAUGAAGAUGCAGGAAAUCUGGAAUAUGUUAUUAAUAUAUGGCAAUUCCCAGAGCAUUAGGGGCUUACGCAUAUUGUGGCAGACACCGUGAAACAGCAGAAAAAACUAAUAACAUGUAAAGCAAGAGCAAACCCUAUUCCAGGAAGCUUAUUUGCAAGCCACUGAUGUGAAAUACAAGGGGUAGAGCCGUCUGAUGGUGCAGGGAGCACAAGAGAAGUGCUUAGCGCAUCCCAUGCACAGCUCGUUUGGGAAUUAGUUGCUGAGGAUGGGGCAAACCCGCAGCAGCCCAGCCAGGCAAUGUGCAGCGUUUAGAGCAGAAAGAGCUAAGCCAGCUCAGACACACUGCUUUAGCUUCUUAAAUGCCAGAGAUCCCCACAAAGCAUCACUCACAAUAGUUUGAUCUACUUAAACUCUAAACACUCAAAUAAAAAUGUGAUUUAAAACAUUGGGCUAUAGGAAAAAGAGGCACUUGAAAGCAGAUAAAACAGAUUCAGAAGAGUAAUUGUGUACACACAUAAAACAUUAAUCCCCUACACAGUUCACUGGCUUUAUAUUAUAAAUUUCAAAUAAUGCCCCACGAAUUAGUGUUGAAUGUAGUGUGAGAGGCUACAUGAUAAAAUAAAGUGCGGCAGCAAAAAAAAAACAACCUCUAAAUCCUAAAUAAAAUCUGCCUUCUAUCCUGUUCUGUCCCCCAAGCACAAGCUCUUGUUUCACCUAUGAAUUACAGUGCCUGGUACAUAGGAUGUCAGGGAUGUGAUUUCAUUAUUUCACCAAGGGAGGAUCAUAAAACCUGGCUUUACAACAACUAUACAUAGCCUGAAAAAUGCCCAGAGAGGAGACAGAGCACACCACCACAUUCCCUCGUCAAGCCGAUCAAGCGGAUUUCAUCAGGAGGAGAAUAUUUAUGGACUUCUUCUCAGUCCCUGAACAACCAGCAUUGUUGGGGUCGGUGCAGGGGCAGGAUCAAGGGAUGCUGGAGGACAUGUCCUUGCAGGCAGUGCCCAGCUGAAAUGCUCCAUCCCUGCCACAGCAGCAGCACUGCACUUUUUCCCUCUGCAUCCAAAAAUAUGAAGCCUGACAUUAAUGCAAUGAUUUUUCGGACUUCUUUCCUCCUUCAUGGAGGCCGGUGGGGCUGGAGCGCAGCCUGAGGCCCUAUAUAACAUGCUCCCAAGGCUAAAUCCAAGCAGGAAUUUCUUUGCUGGGUGGCACAGGGAGAGAAGUAGAGUGUCCACCGGGUAGUGUGAUCCCCGAAAUCCCAAUUAGGCACCCGGGGGGCAGUGCUGGGGGUGCUCAGAGCCCAUGCCGAGGACUGAGGAUUGAUGGAGGCGCUCGGCGCACAGCGGUGAUGAGACAGCCACCCCUGAAUAAUUCACACUGCGUUUUCUGCAGGCAUUGAGCAGGCUGGAGCACCUCUUAUUUUUCACUGUGCUUUAUUAGGCACGUGAGAGACACUAAAUUACACCCAUUGGUACCCUAAUUUUUUUAAAAAUAGCUGCCUAUAGGGCACAGUGAAUGGAAUUUAAUUUUCUCUCAAAGUUAAAUAUUCCUUACAUUGGCACAGAUCUCCAGCAGAGAAUCUGACACCGACAGACCAGGAGAAUUUUCCACCCUUCUAUGAGUGUGACUCAAAUAUGUAUUGACGGCAGAAAUGAUUUUCAACCUGCAUAUAAGGAGCUGGAAAGACACAGCCUGCACUGACAGAUGUCCUGGACUUUAAUAUUAAUGGCAUUCCCGAGUUUGCUCCCAGGAGGCAGCACUAACAGUUGUUGACUUAAUGAUUUUUUAAAGAACAAUAAGUCAUGAAGCAUUACAGCGUUUAUUCUGAGCUAUCAUUUAUUCUGGGUCAGAAAACAACAACACCCAAGGCUUUUGUUUCACGUUUUUCUAGGGAUGGAGGGAUGUGGGAUGGAGCAAGGAAUUAUGGAGGCCUGAACCCCGCGGUUACUUGACAAAUCAUAGAAAAUGAGACCAGGGGCUUGGAACAGGUAACCCCCGAUGGGCCCAUGCUGUGGUCACCCAAAAUACCCACCUGACGGUGAGACAUUUCUAAGGACGGGUGCGGGGACGUUGGUAAAGCUCUUGGAGAUGCCAGCAUUGCAGGAGGCCUCAUCCAGAACCGGGUCCAGCCCCCGGUGCUGAGAACAGCGAUGCCACACGGGGCCUGACCACGGUGUGCAAGGCCUCCAGGUGCUUCACCUUCCUGCUCAGCAACACUUAACAUGGCACGCACAUCCGCAUGCGUAUAUACGAACACCAACAAAUACGGUCUAAUUAUUACUUUCUCCCUAAUCAUACAGCUGCACUAUUCUGGGAAUCGCUUUAUUACAGCACUUAGGAAGGAAUUAGUCUUGUCAAUAACUGCUGAGUGACAAGGACGUUGGGGCCAUCUCCUCCUGGAUGCUGCCUUCUCCGUGCUGUCCCCUCCUGCCACCCGUGGGUGCCAGCUGGAGCCCACGGGCGUGAACACAGGGAUGGGAACCCUGGAUGAAACCCCAGCACCCCACCCCGUGCCCCUGCCUUCUGUUCCUCACAUCUUUUUCCUCCCGAGUGAACUCCAGACGAGACUUUGCCUUCGUUCCCUCGGCUGUUCCCCAGCAGGCGGGGCUGAAUAGCUUCAGGCUGCGCUCCCAGCUCUGGACAAGCGUUUUACCAGAAAACACAGCAUCCCCUGGAGCCUCAUUCUUCAAAAUCAGAUUUUCUUCCUUGCCCGAGGUCUCAUUACACUUGCUGCCUCCUCUUUGUUUUCCAUCCUGUGUUGCAGGUAAUUGCAUCAAUGUUCUUACUCAUAGCUGCAGCGAAAAUAAAACGCCGCUUUGUUCUCUGUGCUGAGAACUGACGCUGGCUAUUGCUCCCUCAUCUUACCCGGAAGGUACCACUGCUCUGGAAUUUAUUUUAAAGAUCCAUUUCUUCUCUUUUAAGAGAUGUGGGAUGCUCACUUUGCUGGGGGAUCACCACAGCACCUUUGGGGCUGCUUUGCCCCAAAUCAAGGCAUUGCUUUAGGAGAACCCAAGACCAAAAAAAACGUUGGUUGCCUGCUAGAAACAGAAGGGGAAUUGACUGAAAUAAUCUGCUAAACUGGACACAAAAUUAGGGGUAUUCCAUCUGGGUUGUCACUUCCCUGCACACAAACUGCAGAAGUUACCAGCAAAGCCGUACCUGCUCAAGCAGACGACCACGCAUCAUUAUUUGAAGGAACGCAAGUAACUCAAAUCACCAAGUCACUUGAAAUUGCCAAAUAACUCUGAACUUUGUAAAAGGCAUUAGCACUUUCUGGAGCAAUGCUGGAGCCAUAUUUCCAUGUUAUUUUCUUGAGCAAUUGCCGUUUAUUUGGGCCCGUUCCAGGCUGGCAGGAGGGAUGGUAAGGCAGUAAUGUAGCAGGUUAUCAAUUAUUCUACUUUACAAACUUCUCUAUCUUAUCUACAAGCAGAUCUUUACUCUGCAGAGAAGCCAAUGCAUGCAGGCAUAGCAGUCGCAGGGCUAUCACUUGUACCACACCACUUGCUCACAGAGGUCAAGCCGCCUUCUGUCUAGGAACAGACUCAGCCAGACCCUUCCCAUAAGUUUGAGUAAAAAUCGAACAUAAAGUGAUGGCGUCCACUGGGGUGCCGUUUUUAGCACAGAAUGGCAUUUUCCCCAUGACUGCCCACCCGCUGACCACCGUGAUGGUCCUUCAGCAUCACCAGCCAUGAGCCAGCUUGUCCACUAGUUUUUAAUUAUCUCUGGUUUGAGUUUGCUGCCGUCACUGAUUUUAGCAGAACAGCCCCAAUGGUGCAGGCGUCCUUGUAGUUAAAAAGUGUGUUAUCAGCUCAGCUUUUGCCUAUGAUUACCAAGUUUUCAAACACUGGAUGCAAAAAUUCACAGUGGGAUAGUAAUAUUUUUGGAUCUCGCAACGGGUGAAAAUUUGGAGGAGGGCAGCAGGAUUUGGAUGCAGGAAAUCAGUGAGGCUCUGCCCCACGUCUCUUGGAUUUCUGGGGUGUUUGGAUCUGAGCUUGCUGGGCCAGGAAUCGGGCACUUGCUCUUUUUCCUUCACACGCUGCACACAGCUACGGGGAGGUCACAGCAAACCCAGUGCCGCCACCUCCUAUCAAAUGCCCCUUUCUGAACGGGAGAAGGCCUGCGAUUAGAUUGUACCGUGCCCUUCAAGAAAAACUGCUUUUUGAUUGCAAAAAAUGAUUAAUCACCAUCCCUUCCGAGCAGACCACAUCCGUCUGCAGCAGCCAGUCGGCGCCCUGGGGCUGAAGGGGGUGAGUCAGUGCAGGGGAGCCUGGCAGGCCUCUGAGGGAGGAAUUGUGCCUUGUGUGUGUGUGUGUGUGCAUACGCAUACGUAUGUACAGAGGCAUGUUGGGCUUGUAGCCCGUCUUCUGCUGCCCACAAUGCACUUGCGUGGGGACAUUUCAGAGAUGGUCAGCUGGGACGGUGCAAGGGAGACAGUUGCCCAAAUUGAUGCAUAAACCUGGGAAAUCGAGGAUAUUUGGUGUAUUUUCAGUCUUUUAAAUGAAACCCAUGCCUUGUGCAGAGACAUCUUUACCAUCACCCAAAUUAACCUCUGCAGGGCUGUUUCAGGACAGCCUGCUUUAGAGUGGCUGGGUGGUAAGAUGGGUCCUCCACGCUCCUGGUUGUAGCAUCUGCUGGAGUUUUGCUAACAAGAACUGGGUAAGGGAUGAAAGACAGCAGCAUCGGUCCCAUCAGGAGCUCCCAGCAAAGACAAGCAUUAUCCCUCACUUGUCGUCCCAGGCUCAUUUGCCUGCAUUCACAAGAAAAAAAAAUAGAGUAAAAAAAUAGCAGUUAACAGCAUUGGUGGUAAAUACUUAACACAGAAACCUGCCUCAGUGCCGGAGCUGACUCUUGGCCAGUUCCACGUGCCUUGAUUGUCCCUCACAGCUUGGAUUUCAAAAGCUGCAGAGCCCACAAGCAAGGGCAAACUCUCAGGAGCUUUUGGGACGUGGCACCAGAGUUUCAAGGCAGUGCCAUGGACAGGUUGGGACUGCUUCAAAAUGGGCCCUAGCUGGGAAUUGGAGCUCUGGCUGCUUUUCCUAGCAGAAAUUAAGAGAAUUUGUCAGAGCAUCAGGGAAGCAGGAAAGGAAAAGCUGGCCAAGGGACUUUCCAGGCUUUGGACAUGCUUGGUGAACUCUUCUAGACAAGCUCAGCCCUUCCCCAAAUUAGCCAAAGCCGCUCCUGUGGUCUGCCCCGUGCCCAAGCCCCAGCAAGGCAUGAAGAGCAUCACUGCACUGCUGCUGGAAGCCCAGCCAGCAUCCCUCUCCCUUGUGCUCCAGGGUUAAACACACACACGAAAAAAAAGGGAGAGAGAGAAAGCAAGUUCUCAUUUUGUUGCCAUAGCAGCCUUCUGGAUUAUUUAGACUGAUAGCAUUUGUAAAAAUUCAACAAAGGGUAGCGUAUCUCUUGGAAAUCAGAGCAGAUGUAAUGCUGCCUGCCAUAUGCCACUGGGAAAAAACCUAUUGGCAAAGGAAACAUUGUAGGAGCGAAAGCCGAACCCACGUUGUGCGGUGGAAAAUGUCGCCUUCCCUAGAUGGCAGGGCAGAGCGAUAACGCGGGGAAAGUCGCCUCCACGUCUAUAACUGCUGCAAGGCGCCAUGGGCAGUGCCAGGGCUGCUGCCGCAGGAAGGUGCCUUCGCUGCCUUGAUGAGCUGCCAUGUGCCGCGGAGAAAAGGUUGUUAACAUGGAAAAUUAAUUAGGCAGCUUAACAAAGCUCGCUCCUGAGGAGCCCUGCCCACACCGCAGGUGAGGCGCCACGGUCUCUGAGAACCACACCACAGUUUGGGCUUCUCCUAAACAAAUCGGUAUUUGGAAUUAAGAAAUCCCACUAAAAAAACUGUUUUAGUUUGUGUAUGCACAAAACCAAGCCCCACUGCAGUUUUCAUUCCAGGUUCACGCUCUCAAAAUUUCUUUCAAAGAGGCAUUUUGGAGCCUGGGUUUCACCUGGACGAGAAAGGGAAGGGCUGGAGCUGCUUGGGGCUGUUGGCCCAGGCUGGGAGGGGGUGGUGUUCUCAUUUUCCCAGUAAUUUUGAUUCUCAGCUCUGCCCCAGCUGCUCGGAUGCAGCACUUUGUGUUUCCUUUCCCAGGGACAUGAGGCGAUGCCCAUGGAGCAGAAUCCAUGGCAUAGAACCAAAGCACCACCUGGGCUGGAAAAGACCUUCAAGACCAUCAAGCCCAGCCAUCAGCCUGACCUUCUGAGUCCCACCACUAACCGCGUCCCUUGGUGCCACAUCCCCACACCUCUUGAAUACCUCCAGGGACGGGGGGCUCCACCACCUCCCUGGGCAGCCCAGCCUGAUGCCCGACCAUCGCAAGUCCUGGACAAGUUGCAGGGAUGCAGAUGUCCUUCCAAACAUCCUGCUAGCUGCUAUGAAGGUGUCAAGCUGAAUGAAACCAACUCGCUGAGCCACGCUGGGAGCUGAGGGCAAAGAAAAGGGUUGGCAGCCAUCGUGGAGCAGCAACGGAUCAAAGCACGCGGUGGCAACAACCCUGUCAGCAGCACUGCCCUCCUCGGCACUUUCCAAAAGGCAAAGUCGCUUGAUAAAAUUACCAGCCUGUGAAAAAUGGAUCUCACGUUCCUUUCGAGAGGAAAAAAGCCACAUAAAACCUGCGUUUGUUUUGCCGAGGUACCUCCAGCGCGUAUAAAUCACACGCGGAUUAGUUAACCUCUCUUCUGGGGCAGUUCCAGCAGUUAAACAGCGGACUUGGGGCCAUCCAUCACUGCUGCUAUGGGCUGCGUACACCGUUAGCAUCGCUCUGGCAGCAGGAACGAGUCUGGUGCAAGCUCACUACCGGCCCCUGGCGUCCAAAGGACAGUAGUUGGUGCUCAGACCUCGGUGACGGCGGCUACCCUGCAGAAAUUCAGAUAAAUGGGGGAAAAAAAUGCCCUGACAAGGCUCAGCAAAAGCUGCGUCAUCAGAAAUGUUUUCUCCAGUCAACUAGUAACAAAAGCAAUCGUUUUCACAUUAAAUCCUUGCACCCCACAUGCAGAAAAAUCCAAGCAGCUCAGUAACACUUCGGGCAAAUUGUGGACUCUGUCCUAAAGAUAUUGUCAAGAGCAUGAAAUCCUCAGUCUCCAGCAAGCCGUGCGAUGAUCGUGUGUUACCUGCUCGGUCCCAGGUUCAUCUGAGGUUUCGGCAGGACCGCGCGGAGCUGUGGCCAUGUGCAAUUAACACCUCAGGUGUUUUUACAGACGGAUGCGAGGCUCAGUUUGAUGAAGCUGUUGUCUGUGUCAUGAGUGAAAACCUGGGGAGAAAUCUGUGUGUUUUGUUGACAAUGCUGCUGAGUGCUCAGCCCUGGGGGAGCGCUGCCCUCCUGAGUGCCCCAGUGGAGGACGUGAGGCAACAGCCUCCAGGUGCACCAGGGGAGGCUGAGAUCAGACGUCAGGAGGAGUUUCUUCAUGGAAAGGGUGGUCGGGCAUCGGGCCAGGGUGCCAUGGAGGUGGUGGAGUCCCCGUCCCCGGAGGUAUUCAGGAGGCGUGUGGACAUGGCACUGAGGGACAUGCAUGGCUAGUGGUGGGACUCAGAAGGUCAGGCUGAUGGUUGGACUGAUGGUCUUGAAGGUCUUUUCCAGCCCAGAUGACUCUGUGGUUCCACGGGUCAAUGAUUUUAUUCCCUCAUUCUCACUCAUGCUCCUGCCUCGGCAGCCGUGCCUCUUGGAAGCCACAGUUCAAGGCUUCUGAUUUUUUUUUAAGCUGCUUGGGAGAAUGGGGAUAAUUAGCAACAAGGCCCAUGUGUUAAGAACAUGCAAUUAGAACCCAUCGGGCUGUAAUUUACGUCUUAGCCUUCCACGUGCAAAAAUUAACGCGGUACCAGGCUGUGCGUACCGCAGCGCCAAGGGGGGGGCAGCGCAAGGCGGGGGGAGCGGUGCCGCGAAGCCAACCCGGGAGCAGGAGCCAUGUUUGACCCCUCUGCACCCAGCGUGGAGGAGGAUUGGGAGGCUGAGCCUCCACCACAAGCCUGAUGAAGGAAAUCUCAAUCCAGCAGCAGCAGGGUCCCAGGAGAAGCUACGGGCACCCCACCUCUGCCCCGGUUGUGUCGGACUGCGGUACUCUUGCACAAAAGCCUGCCUUUUCUCCAGAAAACAACAACAACAAAAAACAUUUUGGGAUUGGUGUGAUGGGUUUGGUACCAGCCAUCACCUCUGCUCCUCCAUCCUCCAACCAACACAUCCUCCAGCCCACACAUCCCUGCUCUCUGACACCCAAACACCCAGAACACCGGUCGGAAGUGGAAUAUUUAGGGAUAACGUUCCCUGCUUCUGCGAUGGCACUAAGAUGAUGCUUUCCAAAGAGCCUGGAGGCAUUUGGGAGAGCCCAGCUCUCUUCUCCAGAAAUAUCGGGGGGUUCCAGCCAGCUCUGCUCAUGGACCGGAGCCGGCGGUGAGGCACGUAGUGGGGCUGGGCUUUGCCACGUGGAGCAUCCCUGCGGGCGGCAGGGCGAGCGCCGAGCAGUGCCCAGAGCCCAUGGCUUGGCAUCUGGCUUCUGUGAGAGCUGUUAUUAACAGGAAUCAUCACACGUGAGCAGCAGCACACUUGGGAGUUGGGUGAGUUUUAUCAGCCCUGGUGUGCUGGGCGAGGGGACGUCUGCCUUUGCCCAACAGCAGCAGUAGCAAAAUGCUGCUGAAUGCAAAAAAACACUGUAAAAGGAGAGCCUGAGGCUGCAGGCAGAGCUUGGGGGGCUCCCUGCACGACACCCAGCGGGCUGAGUUUUCAGAAGAGAUUAAAUAAUGUAGCAGCAGCCUGGCAGGGAAGCAGCACCACAUUUUGGCAAAUCGUGUCCCAUGCCUUUCCUCUGGCCAUAGCCAUCAGGGUUUUGCCUGAUGCCCUGCACAAAGUCUUCCCCAGGAGCAUAUUUAAGUGUUAAUUUUUUACGGUGUCUCACAGUUUAUUUUUUAACUAAGACUGUGCUGGAGCUGGAAGGGGAAUGGCUCUGGUUUCCCCAGCAGAUGCUCAUGGUCAUGGUCAUAUCACCCCCAGGCUGGGAAGGGGGAGCGGGGUGGUGGGGUGGCCCCUGGGGCACAGCCUGUUGUGGUGGCGUUUUCUUAUUUACUGCAAUGAAAAUACUCAGAGUGACAUCUAUAAUAAGAUGAUUUUCUAAAAAAAUAAAAAAGGCAGCAAAGAAAUUCCCCCAGGCUCCACUGCCUCGAACACACCAGAUCUGACAAGUCAUUAAGCCCCAUCUUUUCUGCUUACAAAUUACAAGGCACGUGGUGUAACUCCGGAAUGGCCUUUCUGUCACUUCUGGAGUGAAAUAUGGUGGGAAAUAAAAAUCAGAGAGCCGCAGCAGCUGCAGCCACAGACAAACGUGAGUUAGCCAAGCUGAGCAAGAGCUCGCAGGUACCGCACACCGCGAUGCUCCACGUCUCUGCUCCCAGUUCCUUGUGCUGGCGCUCCUGGAGACAAACCGACCUGUUCCUGGUACAGUCAAGCCAAAAAGCUGCUGACCAGGGUGGAUUGGCACAUUUCGAUGGUGGGCCCUGCACCAUUCCCUCCUUGCUUUGCUUUUUCCAAGAGUGCUGCUCUCAGCCAGUCGCUAAAACCAGGCAGGAAAGCUGGCUUAAUCAUGUUAGCAAAUGGCUCCCAGGAAAUAAUUGCCUCUUUUAUGGAAGUGACCUCAUUUAGGCGCUGUUAAAUUGGGCAGUAACCGAGACAUCUGGUGUCUCUGACAUCACUGCACCAGCAAGGGACACGACCAUGUCAGUGCCUUGCUCCCAGGGCUCACCUGUGGGUUGUUCUUACAUCCCACAGCCUGAGCUGCACGAUGCACUGCCGGUGCCGGGUGGGACAGGUCCCUGUGCGGGUUUGGCAAGGGGAAGGUGGGAAACCAGGCAGAUCCCGAGGGAGCCAGGGCUGCUUAGGCUGAGGGCACAUGGAACUCAAUAAGCAGGCUGCACAGUGUAAAUCCAGGUAAUUAAUUACUGCUGACUGCGCUGUUUAUCAUUCCUUUGUCCUUGGUGCGGAAUAGCCUUCAAGCCCCGGGGGGGAAACAGCCCUUGCACAUCAGGGAAACCCAAACCUGCACCUGCAAGUGGUUUCUGCGGGGUGAAGAGUGGAUGCAGCUGGGGUGCAGAAAAAGCCCUGGCCCCCUGCUUAAGAAACCUGGCCCUGGACUUGCAGAAAAGUUGUUACCUGGCUGCCGGAGCUGGAGAGCAGGGGCUCGUCCUCAGUGAUCCUCUGGUGCCACCCACCCUUGGGGGUGCUCAGGCAACACCAGGGCAAGCCUGCGUCUGUCCUCCUCCAUCCGGUCCUGUCCCCUGUUCUCCGGGCUUGGUGUGCUUGCUGAGAUGGCGUGCUUCAUUAGGGUCAGAAGUUAAUUGUGUUUGAGGCUUCCCUGCUUCCUGCUCUUCCCAAGGAGCACCGGCUGCUCCCGAGCAGCGUGCUCCCCUGGGCACCUCUUGCACCUCUUGUUCAGCCCCGUGUUUCUCAGCUACCGGCGAGGCUCCAGUUGUUUUCAGAAGUACAAAUGAAUUUAAUAAGGGUCCCAGCAAGACUUUGAGGCCACAGUUGACUUGCCGCACCUCCGGCCCCCCAGGCAUGCUUCGCUAUCGAUCUGUUUAUCGCCGCCGCUGAGAGUGCCAUCCAUCACUGCACCAGAGCCAGCCCGCAGCACCGAGCAGGCACCAGGAGCGUCGUUUGGGUGACAAAUGGGACGCGCCCCUCGUUCAGCAUCUUUUUGAAGCACGAAAUACUCAUUCUGUAAAGCACCGAUAUUCAGGAAAGUCAGCAGCCGGGUCCUGUCUGCUCCCAGCUCCGGGUGGGGAGCAGUUCUGCUGAGCUCCAGGUGGAGACGCCCUUGCGAAACCAAAUGGUGCUGCAGAAUUCAGAGCUUUGGGAGAACCUCUCUGGAACAGACCUUGCUUUCCAAAAACCUGCAGGGAAGCAGAGGCUGGUUUUCAAACCACCGAGGUUUCUCUGCACCCGUGCCCCGGGUGGGUGUGGACGAAGCUCAGUGCCCCGCGUUUUUCGUUUUUUUUUUUGCCACUUUUUACAUCACCUCGUGCCAGGCUGGAGCUUUUUCCUUCUAAACGAGGCUCUUCUGUGACAACCAGGAGGGGAACCAGGUGGCAUUUUGUGCAGAGUGUGCUGGGGACGGGCCCCCUGCCCUGGUGUGUCCCUGGGGAUGCCGCAGCUCCGGGGCUUCCAAGCUCUGUGCUAGUGGCCACAGGAAAGAUGGCAAGAGGAACUCCAGCUCUCCGGCGACAUUUGGGAUCGGGCUUGAAACCCCCGUAAUUAAAAAAAUACAGAUGAUUCCAGCCCUGCUCUGUGCCUCAAAGAUAAACAUUGCUUUCUUUCCCCAGUGGCCACUGUGCAAAGAAAAAAAAAGAAGUAGGAGGCUGAGUGGAGCUCUGAGAGCUGCUGAAAUGCUUUGUUUGGGGCUUAUUUGCUCUGGGCGCCGGGGGACGGCUACGAUGGCCUGCUUGAAACAAAGGCCAACACCGCGCACACUUACGGGGAAAAAAGUGCCAGCGGAAUGUUUAACAUUACACAAGAACAAAACCUUCCUGGAGUCUGUCCCCAGCCUCCCCAAACAUAUGGUUUUGUUUCUUCCUUCCUUCACACACACACAAAAAAAAAAAGGCAGAAAAAGGCAAAGCGGCUGCAGCCAUGCGUCCCCAGCAGUGCGCUGGGCUGAGCUGCGCUUCUGCACUGGAAGGCACCGGGCUGCAGCGCGAGCACCUGCUCGUAGCUCUGCUGGCUGUCGGGUCUGCACAUCUUCAAUUGGGACUGCUCGCUUGGCUGCAGCCUCCACUGAGGUGUUCCACUUGCAGGUAAUUUGCAGCUGGCGCUCACGCAAUUACCUUGGAAUGAUUUCUAGAGGCAGUGCAAGGGUUUGGUGUGGCUGGGGUCUGCAGAGCAGGUCGGAGGAGGAGGAGGAGGAAGGCGAUCUAGGAGACCGGUGCUGGGCAGGCUCACCCUUCAUCCUAACCCUGAGCUCCCUGGAAGCAAGGGUCAGGGAGCAGGACCAGGAAACCUACCUAUUUCCUUCUAUCCUGGCUCAUCUGCUCUUCUACCCACGGCGUGCCGGGCUGCUGCUUCAGCGCGGAGCGAUCCUGCGGUGCGUCAGCAAGGGGCUGAAGCUGAGGGUCGUCCACCUUGCCAAGGAUCAUCACGUCCACCAGGAGCUCCACGAAGGACUGCAAUCCCCCAUUUCAGCACGUGCUGCUUCCCUUCCCGUCACUUGUAUCGUCCUCAGAGUGCAGCCGCAUCUCAGUCCCCGGCCCCCCUUGUGCCCCACAGACCCUGGCAUGGGGACAAGUGGCCCUCAGGUCAUGGCCGCCCCGAUCCCUCCCCAAAUUUUAAUCCUCCGCUGCUGGGUUAUCCGCGAUGCAGAAUUGGAAGAAAAAAGAGAUCUGCCUCGAGAGAAGGGCUGGAAGACUUAAUUAGCUGGCUGCUGGCACUCAGCAAUUACUGCUGUACGGCACGGCCCAAUUAUGGUACUAUUAACUUCAGUUCUCGGGAAAUUCGGUGAUUAAUAAUACUAAUAAUUCUGCUGACCUCAAAGUAAUUGCAGAACAUUAAAGGAGAAAACUGUUUCUAAUUAAGCAAUUCCCAAUCCUUCUGUUUUCUCUGGUUCUCUCAAAGCCCCCGGUGCCCCCUCAGCUGUUGCUGCCUUGGGGACGGGGCUGGCAGCAGGGCAGGGCAGGCCCAGGGAACAGCUUUUUUCCCCCAAGAAGUGACAUUCCUGGAGCCAUUCAGUGUGUUUUGUUGUUUGUUUGUUUUUUUUUAAAAAAAAGAAAAAAAGCCUGUGCAAGCCAUAACCAUGCUUCUGACAGGCUCCAGUGUCCUGCUGAGCUGAAGGGAGGAACACUUCCCGCAGGGAAAGCUCCGACGCAGUUUGAAGUCCCAGAGGAGGCUGGAGGCUGCCCGGCUGCGGGUGUUUGCUCCAGGAGGAGGAGAUCAGCGGCUGCUUCUUGCUUCUGGAGCCGGGCUCAGGGCAGGGAGGGCCGAGCAGGAGAGCGGUGAGCAGACGCGGCUGGGGAACUGCUCAGGGCCACACGCGGAGCUUUUGCAAAGCUGGGAGAUGAGCAAAACGUUCCUCUCCCCAAACUGGGAAUAGCUCUCGGUGCGUGGUGUUCACAAAAGCCCCAAACUUUCCGACAAAGGAAACAAAAAAGCUCACAGUGUCUGGGGCUGGGUCCCUUUGGGGUUGCUGCCCUCUCUGCCCCGUGGAACACUGGCUCGCAGGGCUGUCACAUAGCCCCAGGCACCCCGAUGUGCAGCACCCUCCUGCCAACCUCCAUAAACGGUAAUUUAACAAAAAUCAUUGCUAGCUCUCACAGUCUGAAUGCGAUGCCUUUCAAAAUGAGUAAAAUGGAAGCGUUUCACCCCUACAGCCUGUGCUGGGUGCUCGCAGCGAUGCCAUGUGAGGUCGAAAGCAGAGCAAAAGAGCAGACUGGGGGCGCCCUGUUAACACUGAAACCUAACGAGGAAAGAAGCUGCACACCACGAAGCCCCUUUGCUCUGGGCACUGUGGCUCAGUGAGGACAAGCCCCAGGCCCCGCUCAGCACAUGAGCAGCUGCAGCAGCUCGGCCUGCUCUCACCCCUCCAGCACCACCCAAAUCCCUGCCCUGGCCUCUUGGGCAUCAGCACAAAGAGCAACCAAAGCAACUCCCCAAAAUACAAAAUUAAGAGCUGAAAUGCUGCAGACCAGAGGGCUUAUCGUUAUUUUCUGGUUCUAAAAUGCAGCCACAGAAAAUAGGAGAGUAGGAAAAAUAACUAAGUUGCAGAACUGCCCACUUUUGUGCUUUAAAAAAUGACCUGGGAGAAAAAAGUUCAGGUAGUACAGUAGGGCUCUCAAAUUUACCAGCUUUCAGAUAUUGUAUUUGUGUGGGUCUGUGUGUGUGCAUAUACAUAGGCAUAUAUAAAGGCCUUAUAUUUAAAAGGUUAGUACUCCUCCUGGCAAACGAUCAGUGAAGAUUUUCCUCUGAAGUUUUCCUCCAAAACACAAAGUGAAGAUUAUCACAAACAUGUCACUGGAUCCAAACGCACCUUAAAGCAGCCUUCACAAGGCCAGUCCGCUGCUGCCAUCUCCUUUUCCUUCCUGGAAAAUUCAGAGCAGUGCUCUACAACACAACUUGCUCGCAUUUUGGUUUUCCUGGGGAGCAGGAUGGGAAGGCAAAGAGCUGCCUCUGCAGAGGUCUUGUGUUAUUCUCGCGUUUUGCUUUUCUUCACAGGCAUUUUAAAGCAAUUGGAGGCAAAGAGAUGAGUAAAACACUGCAACUGGUGGCGCAGCACCAGGGUUGUAAGGAGUAAGGGGUUGGAGCAAUGGCUUUUUUUUCCUUUUAAAGGUUCUGCCAACCAACCAACCUUUUCAUCUUUUUUCUCUCUUUUAAGCCCCAAAUCUUAGCAUACAGAGGGAGAUGUCUUUACCAAAGAUGGAUCUGGGACAGCUCUGGUGGAUGGUGGUGAUGUCCAAGUGGGCUGGCCAACGUGUUUCCAAUAGCCAAGGGGACGUGAAAACCCAAACCACCCCUGCGUGGAGCCAGGGUCGGACCUCGGCUCGCUGUCAGCAGGCAUUUCGCUGCAGCCUCCUGGGUCGGAUCUGUGCCGAGCAGCCCAGCGUGCUACCAGGGGACUGCUCAAUGUCCCAACUCUGCUCACACCCGUCUGCAGAUCGGCCGCAGUUGGUUUGUUAACUAAGACAGCUAUUAGCAAGCUUCUGUAGCUGUUUUUUCUCUUCUUUUCCCCCCCCCCCCCAGUCUUCUUGUUUCUGCUCUGGCACGCCAGAUUUAUAGAAUCAACAUCAAAAGCCCUGAAAGUGUAGGGGACGUCUGUGCUAAACUGACCAGCAGCCUCCAAAUUUGUCAAGCUGGUAUUUAUUAAAGCACUGGCUACCAGGGGAGGUUAUAACUACGUUACGAUCAAUUCCAAAAGCCAGCAGUGAAAAUUGCAUCAAGGCUGACCAGUUCCAGUGAGCACAGUCCCUGCUCCUUCCCUCUGACAGCACAGAGAAGAAAAAUAAACCGGAGGCAAUGAAACACAGCAAGAUUACAUGAACAGAAGUGCGUUGGGCUGCUGAAGGCUGCGGUGUAGAGAUACUCACCUGACUUCAGGCUGCUCACGUGCAGCUGGACUUUGAGGCAGCCUCAAAGAGUCCCGCUGUCAGAGAAGAGAUGACCAGCAACAUCCAUGCAGCUGCAAGCGGCAGCAAGCAGGUGCUGUUGGUCUACUCAUUACAAAAGGAAAGCAGCAGCCUCGUGUGCAGCUGCAGGACGGUCAGAGAACAAUCCAACGGCGAUGGGUAAGGGAAGAGACUGGGACGAACAACCCCUCUGUCCUGCAAAACCUCCGAUCAGGGGGUUGGAAGCUUAAAGACGGAGGCCAAACAGCAGCAAGGGGGUUAGACGAGAUCAAGAUUAUUUUUAUGUUCAAUAAGGUUUUCAUACUUGGAAAAAUUAUCACAAAACCAGCAGAUUGGUGGAAAAAAAUGAAAACACAGGAUUUGUUCUUUAAAAACACACAAAAUACUUUUAUAGCUAGCUGCAAACAUAACAAUAGACAUUUACAAGGUAUCUUAGUGCAUAUUUACACUUACUUUUUGUUUUCUUUCCUAGAAUUAAAGCUGCCAUAAUCUUCAAAGACUUUAGGGCUGUUUCAACAGCUGAAUUACAAAAGAGCUAAUUCACAAAUUACAAAAUAAACUUAGUUUAAAUAAGGAGGAGAAAAUAAUCCACAAGGUUCACUUUAAUAUAGAUUUAUAUAGAAAAGGUCAUUCUCUUGAUACAUUUUCUAAGGUCGCGAAAUGGCAAACUUUUAAUAUUUCAACCUGUGCUUGGAUGGUUUGGAUCGCAGAGUGAAGCAGCUCACAGCUCACUCGUUUCUGGCACUUUGGACCACGAGCAUGCUGAAAGGGAAACUGGGUUUAAGCCACGUGCCCCACAAAACUGUGACUCUGCAGCUGGAAGAGACUUGAAUAAGGAGGCAGGAGUGCUGAGCACGCCUCUCUCGGGGACCAAUCCUGCUCUGCAGGCAGCAGGAGCUGUGCUGCUGGCUCAGAGAGCAAACAGCCGCUUUCUGGCUCUCUCCAGGGGCAGGGUGUGGAAGCUGCCCUGCUCCAUGCUGGUCUCCAGGUAUUUCAGCAUCUUCACUGCUGAGCCUGAGCAGAGACCACGCUGAAUGAAAGCGAGUGUUCAAAUACCUCUGAAUUUGGGGUAACACAGAUUCUGCUUGAGUUUGGAGGGCAGGUGGGCUUCUUUUUCUUGGAUCUCAAUAGUUUAGCGUGGCCCUAACAGUGAUGGACACAAUGGUGCAAAACAGACGGGUCUCAAUGCUUCUGAAAGCCUAAGAGAUGAUGCUGUUGGAAGUCGGACUCUAAAACAAACUUAGAAUAAGAUCUUUUUGAAAAGAAAUGUAUUUUCUUCAUAAAUACAGUACAAUUACAUUUUACAAUGUCUUUUUACUUUCUAGACAUGAAAACGCUAGCUUUUUUUAAAAAAAAAAAAAGUUCCUAUACAAAUACAUGGAAAGAGAACCCCUGCCCACAGCCCCUGGCCCUGGCACGGAGCAGAGCCGCCAGCCUCCGGGGAAGGCAGAGGAGCCCAAAUAGCCCCAGGGUGUUGCUGUCCUUGUUGCCCCGAGUUUAUGUGGUCACUUUACAGGUGGAAAAGCGCAGCUCCUGCAGUCGGGAUCACGGCUGGCUCACGGGAUGCAGCCGUCACACACCUUAACACACCGCCGCUCGAUGGUGCGGGCUCGUGGAGCAGGAGGCAUCCUUGGAAAUGGUCCUGGCCGAAAGUCCUGCAAGUCCCCUCCCUCAGGCAGCCAAAAAAACGAAACAAAGCUAAUGCCAGCUUUGCGCCUCACAUUUUGUGGUUGCUACAAAAGGGAAAGAAUUUAAGCUCCCUGACUGCAUUUGCUUACCUUAGCCACACUUGGCAGACUCCUGAGGAGCAACUCAGAUCCCCAGGGGUGCUCAGACCAGAGAAUUACAGCUCUAGACCCCACAGGAGCUGCCAGGCAGGAGCUGUUCAGUUAAUGACAACACUGGGUCGGAUGGGAACAAAAACCUCCAGAUCUCGGGCAGUGCCCUGAGCCUUCAAAUCCCAAAGGAAUUGCCCACGGAAAGGGCUUGGGAGUUUGGCCAAUCUGUACGCAGUGAAAGGAAAGAGGAGAAGUAACUACACUUGAUUUUCUUGUUUUGCUCUACAAAGAAGAAUAUGUGGCCUUUUUUUCAUUUUUAAUAAAAGCUACAAUUCUGCUUCUAAUACCCGAGUUUAAGAAAAACUCUUAGUCUAAAAUUUUGGUUUGCAAAGAAGGUCAUU